GGUGAAUGACAAAGCGUUAUUGCGCGAACAUGCUAAGAUGUGUUGGGAUAAUCUGAAGGUUGAGGACCGUCAGAUGGUGCUGUGUGGAUAUGACGGUCGUGAGGACGAGAACAUGUGGGGACUGCAGGCUGCUGGCGCGGGCGCAUACAUCUUUGCAGAUUUUCCUGAUAACUGUCCCAGCCUCAUUCGCCGCAGACACGGGCGGUCAGCACUUCUUGGAUGGGUACCCGUUGUCUGUCCCAUGCAUUAUGCCUGCGGGGCAGAUCUGUCCAUGGAGUUCAGAGACCCUCUGGGUGUUCCGUUUCUUGUGACGUACUCUGAUGGUUUGCUGCGGCACAUAGAGUACAUGGUAGGGGAGGACAUGAAAGGGAACAAUGAGAAUGCGGGGAUUGGAGAACUUGAGUCCGAAGAGACGAGACAACCGGCAGGCGAGGUGAACGGACCCCCACACGACGGCCCCGGGGGAUGCGACGUUGACGGUCCGGUUGCAGACUCGGGUGCAGGACGUGUUGUUGUGGGGAUGAGCGCGCCGGUGACCGGCAAAGUGUGCACCGAUGGCAGCAGGCGGACGGGCCAAGGAACGAAGCAGAAGGCAAGAACCAAACGCGACAACGAGGGGACAACGACGGUACGAGGGAAAGGCGGUCGAGGUAAGGGACGGGGGGGCGAGGCACCACUGGAUGGUGGGAGGGGAAGAGGAAGGGGGAGGGGCCAGGGGGGGCAGCAAUGGAUGGUGACACAAGCCGGAAAAUUGGAGGGAGUCAAGGGCCGCCAAUGCGCAAUCGCCGGCCCAGAGAGGCUGCUAUGGCAGAGAUGCGCCGACUGCAACGCAGCACAGAAGAAAAAAGAGGUCGCAACAGAGCCUGUGCGGUUCGGGAUGCUUGCCAUUCGAGCACUUCUGGAGGCAGCUGAAGCCUAUGUCGUGCAUCUUAUGGAGAGCACGAACGAGGUUGCAAUCCAUUCGAAGCGGGUCACGAUCAUGCCCCGGGACAUGAGGCUCGUUGGCGCAUUGCAAAAUCCGCGUUGGCAAGUUUUCACCAAAGGCAUCCUCGACGAGAAAGAGUUAAACAGACAACGACAGGAGAGGAGGAGGGCAAACGCUGAUGAGACGAACACACAACAAGCAGCGCCCGGGUCUGCUGAACAGGAGGGGAGAGGGGAGGCAAGGGGGGCGUCAAAGAGAAAAGGAAAGCCGUCAGUGGCGGCAAACGGAGACAGGUCAACGAGAGCACAACAGUUGCUGCUGCGCUUAUCUCAAAAUGCCGACGUGCAUGAUGACCACAUCAUGAUGGAGUGCUCUGCGAACACUCUUCACGUAGUUGUGGACUGGAUGUGCAACGACCAAGACAUCGACAUGACGAAAAGAGAGGGAGGAGGUUCGUACGACACAGCGGCGUUCAAGACAUUUGUAAGAUCCCAGGCGAGGGAAAAUGAAAUGUUGAAGACAGGGGUUGGUGAAGAAUUGAAGCCGAACGCUGCGAAGAUAUUGGCGCUGAGCAGGAUGAACGAGGAGGCACAAAGAGAUCCUGUCGACUACCAUGAACUGGCGACAAUGGUGGUGGACGGUGUCGAGUAUGUGCUACUUGACCAGAUUGUGGACUUUAUGAAGAGUGGAGGCGAGGACAAGAACCUCAUUCACGAGGCAUUGCAUGAGGUGACGGAGGACGCAAUAGCAGCAGCGGAGGUUGUCGAUGUCGAGUGGGUAAAGGAUCGCAUACUCGACCUUGUAUCGGGAGAUCCUACACGACUGCAGCAAGAGAACCCGGCUUUACGGGACUUGGAGGUGAGUGGCAGUGAUAUCAGCAACGACGAGGAGGGCGAGGAAUACGACCCUUACUGGGACGUAAAGCGAGGUAGAAUGUCACUCAUCACGAGGAACAACACUGACCUCUUAGCAGUGGCAGGAGACAUGACCACGCGAAGAGGGAAACGAUCAAGAACAACACGAAUGGGGACAACAGAAGAGAACAACCCUGGUCGUGAGAGCGUGGCCGACGUCACGAUGGAGAGUAAUCGAGAGAAAACAAUACCGAGGAAAGAAGAUCAUGUUGAGCGCAGCGAAGUGGAAAUGCAAAAGCUGGACAAGGGAGCGACGCACACGGAGAAGAGCCCAGAAGCCACAAUGACAGAAACCGAAGAAACAACAGAGAGGACAACGGCAAAUUGCAGAAUAAUGACAAUGGAGGCUAUGUUGGAGAGAUGGGAGCACCUGUCACGGAAGGACAUGUGGUACAACAGGAUGUACUUGUAUGCGACAAGGGGAACAAUCCGCUCAGCGGACCUGGGACGUUCAGAGUCGUGUGGGAAGACGAAACAGGGAAAGAAGGGCGAGAACACAUCAAGCUCGACGGACGGGUUGGAGGUUGUUGACGAGUCCAACAUAUAUCCAUUCACAUGGAAAGGCAGAAGGGAGGAGAUUCGACUGGGGGAGACUGAUGUGAUGUGCUUGGCCGUUGGGAAGUGGCUCAAUGACAAUGUAAUAAACAUGUAUUUGCAGUCAGUAUACGAAGAGCAAUGUCAAGGUAAGGACACCGCAGAAGUGCAUGUGUGCACAACGUUUUGGAAUCCGCAAUUGCUCACUAAUCAGCAAGGUGACACAUCGAAAAGGGGAUGGGAGUUGCGUGUGAAGAGUCGAACGACCAAAGUCCAUCGACAGUGUAAAGACCUCGAGGUUGCACCGGUUGUGCUUAUUUCAAUUAACCACAACCAUCAUUGGAUGCUGCUCAUAUUGUUGAAUGUAAGGGAGUUUUGGACCGACGGCACAUGCCCCAACGCCAUAAUCGUCGACUGGUGUCACGGGUAUGCAAGUCCGGAUUGGAAGGCGUUGCGGACAUUAUUGUGGCACGAGUACCUCAACGACAACAGAAGGGGUCCAGAUGUCACACGGCAACUGGUGGACAAGUCGUGGAACACUUGCAGAGACGUGUUUGGUCGUGGACUCAUCCAUGCGAGGUGUUCACAACAAAGUAACAGAGAGGAUUGUGGUGUGUAUGUAUGUUGCAUGGCAGAAGAGUUGAUAACUAAGCUUGCACAUCCCCCAACACGGAAUGGCAUCUCGAAAGACGACGUACUGGAGAUUGUAGAGAAGAUGCACAUCGAUGAAAGAACUGUUCGAGACUUCCGCGUCAGAGCUCUUGAUCGCAUUGCAGAGUACGAAGAUCUUGCCUCAUCCUUAUUGCAAGUACAGGAAAGACAGCCACCAGCACAGCAGAGCAAACACACUGCAGUCAGGAAAGAGAAGAGGAAAAUCGAGAGACGUCCCCAGGGAAAAAGUAAGACAUCACCUUUGAUGAAGUCCCGAGCGGACCGUGCUGCGGUCACGAAGCCACAGAAAGCGAAACAGUCAGAAGGUAACAAACGACAACGAGAUUCGGUCCCCACCUCGCCGGCCUCCGUGAAGAAUCGCACACGACACAACCGAUCCCCGCCACGGGCGCCAAGGAAAAUGUCAUGUGCAAAAGGGGUAGAGGAUCAACCUCGGCGCAACAUCGAAAAUCCGAAGAGGAGGAGAAUCAUUGACGGGGUGGGAGAGAAGAAGGAAGCAAUUGAUCUGAGGGGUUCCGAUGGUGUCGAGGCAGGCGACACCGGAAAACGAGACGUGCCACGGGACGCAGUCCGUAAGACACAACAGUCCGACCCGCACGAUAAUACCGAGGGCGGCGGUGGACGUAGCGAGGGCACAUGCAACGAAGGAGAAUCGUACGCAGAAGAUGCGAGCAACGAAGAGGAGAACAGCGACAGUGGGUCCUACAACAACGAAGAUGGUGAUGACGACGAUGAAGAGGAGGAAGACCGAUCCCGCAACAGCGACACAGAAGAAAGAUGUAGCGAAGACAAUACACAAAAUACGUCUCGAAGAACGCAUGGAGGAACAAAUGACGGACGCAGCGAGGAAAACAACACGGACAAGCAGUUAGUCCUGAAGGAGAAGGCAAACGAAGGACAGAGAGGUGUCCCCCUCGUACGCAGCGCACAGAUGGAUCACAAUAACACCAUGCGCAACGAACUGCGUUGCCAGAUGAGCAAAGACAAAACGUGGAGGAGGAAGGACGAGGAGCCAUGGGGAGCGUCGCAUUUCAAGAGGGCACUCACAAAAGUGUUCCAAAUAAGAAAAGACGGUGAGAAGCUGGGCGUGAUGUUGCAGCAACUAGCGUUUACCGAACUUGUGAUCCGCACAGAAAUCGAGCAGACGAAGAAGUUAAGCAAGGCGUCGGAUCAGUUGCUGCAAAUGGUCAGUAUAAAGAACGACAUAGUGAACACAGCCCGGAGUCGGGACACAGUUAUGAGUUUCUGCAUUUUCAAGCUCGACACCGAUACCCACGUGGCAGAUGUGGCUACACGGUACUACAGAGCAGGGAACACAAGGAGAGACAUGUGUGCGGUUGACAACAACAGCGACAACGCACAAAACUUUGAAUUCGAAGUGGCCGAUGAUCACGUGGAGAGGGAAUGUCCUGGCCUCAGGCGAGCAAUAGAAGAAGGACUUGUCGUACUUCAUGAUCGCAAAUACGUCAAGUGGGCAGAUGAUCUUGGGGACAUAUCAAUGUUCCCUUCGAUGAAGGAGAACGUUGAGGCCAGGCGUGUACGACCAAGUCAGGGUAAAGAGGUGGCAAGGAGUCAGAGUGUGCGAUUUAGUUUGCCUUCGGAUAAUGGGGCGCCGACGACACCUAUACGCGUAGCGACGACUAAGUCUGCAAGGACGUCUUCCUCUAAGAAGGCUGACACGGAUUACGUGAUGCCAGAGAAGGAUGAGCAGAGGAUUGAAGGAGAGGAAGUUGUAUUUUCGCCGCGCAAGCGUGGGGCCCGGAAGUUUACUAUGAAGAGCACCUUGGACGAUAUCGAUACAGCAGAGCCUCUCAGACGCGCGCUUAGGCAACCAAUGCAGUGCACGAUACUUGAGUACUUGGCGGCUUCGAGACCCGCGCGGGAUGAGCUACAGAUGAUCACGCGCAAGACACGUAUUCCUAUGGGAGACGAAGUCCAGAUAACUUUCAAAUCGGAGGUACCCUCGGUGGCGGUAUCGAGGGUGUGCACGAAGACAGAGCGCGCAGCAACAGUGUAUUUAAAUGGAAUGGAAGGUGUGUCUCCUGACAAGUUUUACAUAUUAGGGAGUGGGACAGUAGAGACCAUUCUCAACGACGAGGUCGUCCUCCAUGCGGUGAUUUACAAUGGCAGCGAAGCUGUCAUCAUAAAUGAGGAGCUCGCUGUGCGAUUAGGGUUGGACCUCGACAGGUCUUACCUGUUCGAGAUAGAGACAGUCGAUGAAAGAAAGCAGAAGAUCUUCGGGGUCUGUCACAAGGCGGCCAUUGAGGUCGAAGGAUUGUGCGUGUUGAUGCCUGUUUUCGCAGUCAGGGACUGCAGUUCGGAGUUACUAUUGGGGCAAACAUGGUUAAGCCAUGUUCAUGCAGUUACUAUAGAGCGGCCGGACGGAAGUCAGAUGCUUUCUAUCAAGCGUCUGGAUGGUGGGCAGAUUAUGAUAGAGACAGUUGAGCCGUGUGAUCUCAGGAACAGAGCAGCUCUAGCAGCUGGUGGCCGCAAGCCGGUCACACUUGCGAGUCGUUCCUUGCGAUUCCGGAAAAAGAAGUAUGGGGCAUUGCUCACGGAGGAAGAAGAAUGGAUAGUGGAAGUCGAGGACUUAGACCCUACGGUUGUGGCGUCAGUUUUACAGAAGGACUUCAGUCUGACGGAUCCUACGAUUGCGCGAUGGCUGAUCAGGAUCCGACUCUACGAUUAUACUAUAGAGAAAAUCUCGAAAACGAAGAAUGCGGUUGCUGAUGGACUUUCGCGAAUCCCAAUCGAGGCGGAGCGUCCGAUAAUGGCGGUUGCACUGACUAUGACUGAGCCUAGACAGACAGAUCGUUUCCUGGUCAACCUUUAUGAAGGAAAGUACCGGACUAUAAAACUGUAUCUGUCAGGAGGUGAGAGUUUUGAUCCGGAGAUUAGGAGACAAGCGGCACAGUACUGCCUUAGAUCUGGGCAUUUAUUCCGUAGACCCACGAGAUCAGGAAUGCCUUUACGAGUGAUCUGUGAUCCGGAGGAGAAGCGGUUCAUAGUAGCGGAACUGCAUGACCGUGUGGUUGGCGGACAUAGAGGAGUGAAAGGGACAUAUGAGAAGGUCCGCUGGUUAUACUGGUGGGAAGGACAGUACAAGGACGUCGAGAAGUAUUGUGUGACAUGUGAGGAGUGUCAGAAGAGAUCCCUAGUUAGAUACAAGGAGCCACUUCAUACUUCCUAUCCGACUAGACCAGGUGAAAAGGUACACAUUGAUCUAGUCAAGAUGCCGAAGGGCAUAGGGAAUAUGAAUUACGUCGUGAACAUCAGAGAUGACUUCACUCGAUUUGUCGACGGUAAGGCCAUCAGAACAAAGGCAGCUAAAGAGGUCAAAAACUUUGUUCUAGAAUAUAUGUUUAGAUAUGGGAGAAACAUGCAAGGUCCGUCCUCUGAUUCAGGUGGUGGGGACACACGUCCAUGGUCGCAGGCAUCAGAGGGUGAAACUAGUUUGCCUUCCAGCGGGCGACGUGCCAGGGAAGAUGCUGACGAUGGUCCAAGGAAGUGGGUGUCGCCUUCCAAAGGGAUGCUUGAGAUGUCGAAAGCUUUGACGACCACCACCGAGCGGAUAGCGGAGGCAGUGGAGAGGCAGGCCAAUACUGAGGAGAAGCAAGUUGAUGUGCUUGUGAGGAUGGCUGACAUAGAGGAGCGUCGACUUGAGAUGGAAGAACGUCGCUCAGUUGCAGAAACAAAAGAGGAAGAUAAAGAGGAAGAUGACGAAGAGGAAGAAGAUGAGGACGAUGAAGAAGAACGGGGGGGGUUGGUGAGGCUGAAGAAGGGGAAGGUGGGUGAUGAGGACGUAGGAAAAGAAGAUGAGAUGGAGGAGGAGGAAAAAGAUGGGGAAGAAGAAGAAGAUGAUGAAGAAGAAGAAGACGAGGAAAAAGAGGAGGUGGAUAAGAAAGGAAAAAAGAUCGGUGAAAAGGGAAAGGAAAAGGUGGUUGAAGAAGAUGAGGAAGAGGAGAAGGAGAAAUGACCCCAAGAUUCUGGAGCAUGUUGAGCAGGAGGAGAUUUUCAUAAGGAAAGGGAAGGAAAAAGAAUCAGAAGGGGGUCAUGGUAAUUAGGGGGACGCAAGUGAAGGAGACGUAAUGGGUUGCCUGAACGUUGGAGGGAGGAAAGCCGAUAAGAGGAAAGAUCAUGAACCACACGAUGUGAGAAAUGGGAAAGAAGAGGAUAUGACCGCUGGGCAGGUAGGCGGGGACCAGGGGGGGGUGUUCAGUCGAUGGAGAGGGGGCGAAGAAUGAGCCGGAGAAAAUAAGUGAGGCCAGUGAAUUGGUAGUAUCCGUAAACCACAUGGAGACGGCUGUAUGGUCUCCGAAAGAGUUCCUUCCAGAAGGAACGGUGAAGCCCUGGGGCAGUGUUAAAAUGAAAAAGUUGGACCUGG